UUAGCAAAGGCAGUUUCUCUAGAAAGAAACAUGCCUGCUAAUGACACAUGUGCUGGGACAGAUGGAUCCAAUACAGAUUUUCGGUACUUCAUCUAUGCAGUGACAUACACUGUCAUUCUUGUGCCAGGUCUCAUAGGGAACAUAUUAGCCUUGUGGGUAUUUUAUGGCUAUAUGAAAGAAACCAAACGGGCUGUGAUAUUCAUGAUAAACCUAGCCAUUGCUGACUUACUACAAGUCCUCUCCUUGCCACUGAGGAUCUUUUACUACUUGAAUCAUGACUGGCCAUUUGGGCCUGGCCUCUGCAUGUUUUGUUUCUACCUGAAGUAUGUCAACAUGUAUGCAAGCAUCUACUUCUUGGUCUGCAUCAGUGUGCGAAGAUUUUGGUUUCUCCUCUACCCCUUUCGCUUCCAUGACUGUAAACAGAAAUAUGACCUAUACAUCAGCAUUGUUGGCUGGCUAAUAAUCUGCCUUGCCUGUCUGCUAUUUCCUCUCCUCCGAAGCAGUGAUGACACCCCUAGCAACAGAACCAAAUGCUUUGUGGAUCUUCCUACCAGGAAUGUCAAUCUAGCCCAGUCUGUUGUCAUGAUGACCAUUGGCGAGUUGAUUGGAUUUGUCACUCCUCUUCUGACUGUCCUGUAUUGUACCUGGAAGACGGUUUUAUCACUGCAGGAUAAAUAUCCUGUGGCCCAAGACCUUGGAGAGAAAAAGAAAGCCUUGAAGAUGAUUCUAACCUGUGCAGGAGUUUUCCUAAUUUGCUUUGCACCUUAUCACUUCAGUUUUCCUUUAGAUUUCCUGGUCAAGUCCAAUGAAAUUAAAAGCUGCCUAGCCAGAAGGGUGAUUCUAAUAUUUCAUUCUAUUGCCUUGUGUCUUGCUAGUCUGAAUUCCUGCCUUGACCCCAUCAUAUACUACUUUACCACUGAUGAGUUCAGAAGACGGCUUUUGAGACAAGAUUUGCAUGAUAACAUAAAACUCCAUGCAAAAUCAUUUGUGAGCAGCCAUACCACUUCUACCUUGACAACUGAGCUAUGUUAAAAAAAAAAAAAAACUGGAUGUGGACUGAAACUUAAGCUAUAAAAUUUCAGUGACAUACUA